AUGGCAACCCUGGUUUUAGAAGAUGGGACCACGUUCAAGGGCCGCCUUUUCGGGGCAAAUGCGUCAGUGUCUGGUGAAGUUGGUAAGUCGUAUUUUAUGAGGAGAAAUCUAAUUAGUGAGGUAGUUUCAAUGGAGUUAUGUCAUCAUUUAUACAGGUAUUCUGAUAGGUAACUACCUAUAUGUUACCCACAAAGUCAAAUUGUAUAGCUAAACGCAGCUCUAUUCUCCUAACACCCUUGCCGGUCUCUGCAUAUGACCCAUAACCUCUGACCCCUUCAUUUAGGCUUAUUUCGGGGGUGAAUAGAUGCAGUACGGCUACGACCGGAAGUGACUUUUCGUAGCAGGUUAGGAGAGCCUUUUAGCUAACCUUAACCUGCUACGAAAAGUCACUACUGGUCGUAGCAGUAUUCCACCUAAUCAGAACCCUAUUUCGGUCAGUGGAUUAACGCAACUCCGAGUUUGAACAACGUAUGAACAUGUUUCACCUAUAUUGUCCUUGCUGUACCGUGUCCCAUACAUUGUAAUUGAGAUGUAGCUAGCAUUAAUUUAGAUUGUAAGGUCUAUUUCUUUCAAUCCAUAUGUAAUAAUAAAUGGAGCACAGUGCACAUUUCCAAAGUUCCAGUUGCAUCACCUUAUUCAAAAAUGUGCCAAACCUGAUUUGAAGCACUUUUCACUAAUUUGCACUUUACUAUGAAAACUGAAAAGUUGACCUGAUUUAUUUUUUUCCAGUGUUCCAGACAGGCAUGGUUGGCUACCCAGAGGCCCUGACUGACCCGUCCUACACGUGUCAGAUCCUCACCCUCACCUACCCUCUGCAGGGCAACUAUGGUAUACCCCAGGAUGAGGAGGGCGACUUUGGACUCAGCAAGGUGGGGGGAGUUGGCUAGAUUCAACGUUUCACAGGAGCGUCCCAACAGAAAUAGUGGGUUGAGAAAAGUAUCUUGCCCUCAUUGACCCCAAGCACCUGUUUGAAUGUAAUGUUCUAUUAUUUUGUCCCUCAGUGGUUUGAGUCUUCUAAGAUCCACGCUGCAGCCCUCAUCGUAGGAGAGAUCUCCCAGAACCCCAGCCACUGGAGCUCAGCCAUGUCUCUGCACCAGUGGCUGAAAGAGCAGGGCAUCCCCGGCCUAGAGGGUCAGUAGAGUUAUCAUUCUAAACAUCCUAGUACUGUAUCAAAUGUUGUCUGAAUAUGUGUUUUGAUAUGUGCUGUCUACAGUAUAGCCUCUACAAUAGAGGUUGUAGUUAAUGUGCUUGCUGUGAUACUUUAGGAGUUGACACACGUUGUCUGACCAAGAAGAUCCGUGAGAAGGGAACAAUGCUGGGGAAGCUGGUUGUGGAUGGAACGCCUGAGGCCAACGUUCCAUUUGACAACCUUGACCAGAGGAACCUGGUCAAGGAGGUGUCCGUGAAGGUACGGUGUUGCUAUGUUUAAGCUUGAUCCUGUCACACUUUUCUAGUGUUACGAUCCUGAAACUUCCUCAAUGAAAUGCCAAUAGUUUUUUGUGGAUUACAUAACACUUAUCUGUAGCUUAACCCAUUGCAAGUCCGUGACAAGCCAAAUGUUUUCUCACCACAGUGGAUAGGCAGACGCUAUCUUUUUCUCAGGACUUAAGUGCCUUUUCUGUCUGUGUUGAACAGGAGCCCCGGGUGUUCAACCCCAGUGGUGCUGUCAGAAUCACAGCUGUAGACUGUGGCAUUAAGUACAACCAAAUCCGCUGCCUGUGUCAGAGAGGGGCCUGUGUCACCGUGGUGCCCUGGGAUCACCCACUGGACAGCACAGGUUAGUCACAGCUGGUUACUGCGCUGGGUUUCAUUUAAGAUUCAGAGAUUACUCCCUGAUCCCUUGUUUUGCCUCUUCUCUCCCCUGCCUUAAUCUUUACCUUGGUGCAUCUGACCUGCAAAGUUAGUUUCAGCCAUGAUAUCAUGAAGUUCUAUUGUAAGUGAAAUAGUUUGUAUUAUAAUAUUUAUUUUAGCUAUGCUGACAAAGUUGUGGUCCUUUUCAGAGUUUGAUGGGCUGUUCAUCAGCAACGGCCCUGGGGACCCCCAGUUCUGUAAGGAGACCAUAGACAAUGUAAGGAAGGUGGUGUGUGUGGACAAUCCCAAGCCUGUGUUUGGUAUCUGCCUGGGCCACCAGCUUCUCUCCCUCGUCAUCGGAGCAAAAACCUACAAAAUGAAGUUAGUACAGGGACAGGGCACUAAAUGGUUGUUGUGACUUGUGUCCGUCUCUUUCUGCCUCCUCAGGUCUUAAGUUCUGCUUACUGUCUUUGUUUGGUUUCAAAGAGGACAAAACCAGUGGUGCUGGCUGUUUUUGCUUUUGUUUGGCCCCCUCAGAUGUCAGUGCUUCCCAGGGCCCCUCUUUAUUUAUCUGGGAGCGUUCUGGUGUGAAAUGAGCUUUUCUGCUUAGCGCAGCAGUUUGGACACAGCGUAGUGCAUUGCUGAGGUGCUGGAAAGGCCUGGUUUGUUUUGGUAAGACUCCUGGGAUUGUUACUUUGUUAGCGUUCCGUUAGUCCCAAGGCCAGAUGAGAUGCCAGCUUCCUUUUGUCUGUCUGGAAUGCCAUGCAGUCAGUCGGUGGAAAGCUGAACAAUUUACAUGGUUUAUAGCACUGUGCAGGUGUCAAGUAAGGAUUCUGCAGGAGCACUAUGAAUCCGCAUCUGGAAUAGAGCUUAACCAGUCACGGCCAUUAAAAAAUAGAUUUAGACUAAAAACAGUUGUCUGUUUCAGGUAUGGGAACCGUGGCCAUAACCAGCCCUGUAUCCACAAGGGCACAGAUCGCUGUUUCAUCACAUCUCAGAACCAUGGUUUUGCUGUGGAUCCCCUGACCCUGCCACAGGGCUGGGAUGUGCUCUUCACCAACGCCAAUGACCAGACCAGUGAGGGCAUCGUGCACAACACCAAACACCUAUUCAGGUACCAUCUACCAAUGGGAACUCAUGUGCUGCUUCCAGCCUUUCAACUUGUUUAAAGGCCCAAUGCAGCUGUUUUUAUAUCAAAUAAUUUCUAGGUAAUACUUUAAGUACAUUAAAAUGGGGGGAAAAAUAGCUUUUGAGACAAACUAAUUCUCAAGCAAGAAUUUAGCUAGGACUGUCUGGGAGUGGUCUGAGUGAGGAGGGGAAAACUGUUAUUGGUCCAUUAACUAAUUUACCGCAUGGCGACGUCACCAUGGAAAAUCGAAACUCCUGCCCAUGCAGACCUGUUGAUUAGAAGGCCCUGUGUAUAUUGUAUUUUCAACCAGCAACUGUCAGGGAAUAACACUGAUCAAAUGUUUUCACACUUUUACAGUGUUGGUUUCAUCAGCUGACCCUCCCAAGAUACAGAAAGUUGAAAACCAGAUAUUGUUUUACCCAUGUCAUUCCAGUGUCCAGUUCCACCCAGAGCACAUGGCAGGCCCCACUGACCUGGUCAGUCUGUUUGAUGUGUUUCUGGACACGGUCAGAGACCACAAGGAGGGCAAGAGUGGCAAACCAGGUUAGACAUGCGUUCAUCUCAACUGUUCUUAGGACUCUAUACUACCUGUAGGUUAAAGUAACACCUCUCCCUUCCUGUAGUGAAGCAGAGACUGACAGAGCAUCUGACCUAUCCUGGGUCUACCAAUCCGGAGGAAUUUGUUCGGCCACGCAAAGUCCUAAUCCUGGGUUCUGGAGGCCUCUCCAUCGGACAGGCUGGGGAGUUUGAUUACUCUGGCUCUCAGGUGAGACACACUGCCAACCCCAGUGAAGACUCAACAGCAGGUGUCAUGAGCAGUAUAAUUGAAGUGUAUUUGAACUAAUCAGACACUCUUCUAUGUCCAACCCUCCCCCCAGGCCAUAAAAGCAUUGAAGGAGGAGAACAUUCAGACAGUGCUCAUCAACCCCAACAUCGCCACGGUUCAAACCUCCAAGGGUCUGGCUGACAAGGUUUACUUCCUGCCUCUCACCCCAGAGUACGUCACUCAGGUAAGGAAGGAGAUGCUAAUGGAAUGGCCACUGCUACCUGCGCCAUCCUCCAGUCACUCAUUUCUGAUCAGUGCUCAACAAGCAAAGCAUGUGUAUUACAUCUCUCAGGUACUCAGAACUGAUAAAAGAUCAGUAGGGUUGACCUACGGUUGAUAUUCAUUCAAUGAGUGAGAACUGACCCUCUGCCCUAUUUCCCCUGUCCAGGUGAUAAAGAAUGAGCGUCCAGACGGGGUCCUCCUGACCUUCGGGGGGCAGACUGCUCUAAACUGCGGGGUGCAGCUGACCAAGAGGGGGGUCCUGGAGAAGUAUGCUGUGCGUGUGCUGGGGACGCCAGUGGCCUCCAUCGAGAUGACUGAGGACAGGAAGAUCUUUGUGGAGAAGAUGGAGGAGAUCAAUGAACACGUAGCGCCCAGCGAGGCCGCUCUGUCUGUGGAGCAGGUAAGGAGAAUGGCUUGGGACAAAUAUCACACACACACUCUCCUUCUCACACACACAUUGACCCAUACUGAUUGUCACUUUAUGUGUUGAUUGGAAUCAUCCUGUUAAUCUGUUUGACUGUGGGCUUUUGCUUUUUGUGGUGUAUUUUUAUGUGGUCUCUUCUUUUCUGUGUGUUCUAGGCGGUGGCGGCUGCAGAGCGUAUUGGCUACCCAGUCAUGGUGCGCUCGGCCUUUGCCCUUGGCGGAUUGGGCUCUGGCUUUGCCAACAACAGGGAGGAGUUGACCUCUCUGGUGACAUCUGCCUUCGCCCACACUUCCCAGGUCCUAGUGGACAAGUCCCUGAAGGGCUGGAAAGAGAUUGAGUAUGAGGUGGUCAGAGACGCCUACGACAACUGUAUCACCGUAAGUAGAGGGACGUCACUGUGCAUGUAUUUGUUACUAUGUACAGGUAACUGCCAAAAUAAAGGAAACGCCAACAUAAAGUGUCUUAAUAGCCAGAACAGCUUCAAUACGCCUUUGCGUAGAUUCUGGAACUCUAUUGGAGGGAUGCGACACCAUUCUCCCACAAGAAAUUCCAUCAUUUGGUGUUUUGUUGAUGGAUGUGUAAAACGCUGUCUCAGGCGCCAAUCCAGAAUCUCUCAUAAGUGUUCAAUUGGGUUGAGAUCUGGUGACUGAGACGGCCAUGGCAUAUGGUUUACAUCGUUUUCAUGCUCAUCAAACCAUCCAGGGACCACUCGUGCCCUGUGGAUGGGGGCAUUGUCAUCCUAUCGGGGCAUAGCCAUGGUAGGCCAAAAAAUGGCCUGCCCAGCAUUUUUAUACGUGACCCUAAGCAUGAUGGGAUGUUAAUUGCUUAAUUAACUCAUGAAUCACACCUGUGUGGAAGCACCAGCUUUUAAUAUACUUUGUGUCCCUCAUUUACUCAAGUGUUUCUGUUAUUUUGGCAGCUACCUGUAUAUUUGUUACUAUGUACGUUUUAUGUUAUUAUGCAUUUGACUGUUAUAUACGUUUAUACGUCAUUAUUUGUUUAAGCGUGAAGAUUCCUUUAUCAAGCAAGAUGGAAUGUUAUUAAAGUGUUGAGUUUUUCUAUCCUGUAGGUAUGUAACAUGGAGAACAUUGACCCUCUGGGUAUCCACACCGGGGAGUCCAUCGUGGUGGCGCCCAGUCAGACGCUCAACGACUAUGAGUACAACAUGUUGAGGAACACCGCCAUAAAGGUCAUCAGACACCUAGGCAUCGUGGGAGAGUGUAACAUCCAGUACGCCCUCAACCCUGAGUCUGAACAGGUAAUGGCCCGUACUGACAUUUAUAGUUUAUACUAGUGUUAACCCUCAGAAACAUCAGUGUUACCCCUAAAUUGUGUCCACCACUGCAAAUAAAAUGUAUAUUUAGGGAUGUUUCAAUGUUUUCAGUGUGAACUUAGACGACUAAAACCAGAUAAAGUAUGUAGAAAAGAUAAUGGAGCGAUAUAUUUUUAAUUAAGAUCAUCUUUGAGAACUAACAAUCACCUAAAUAAAAGCUAGACAGUCAGGGAGAAUCUAAAAUGGCAUGGGGCCCUCAUUUGAUUUUAGUUCUAAUUGAGUUACUCCGAUGGCAUAAGAAACAGCAUAAGCAUGGCAAAAUGGGUAGACUUUCAGGAAAUUAGCUUUACCACCAACAUUUAGUCUCUGCAGCCAAGAGGAGGGCCUCUAAAACCGCGCCAUUUUUUAUUUAACGAGGCAUGUCAGUUAAGAACAAAUUCUUAUUUACAAUAACGGCCUACUUGUAAAGCCCUCGCCUAACCCGGACGACGCUGGGCCAAUUGUGCGCCGCCCUAUGGGACUCCCGAUCACGGCCAGUUGUGAUACAGCCCUGGAAUCGAACCCGUGUCUGUAGUGACGCCUCUAGCACCGCUGCGCCACUUGGGAGACAUGCCCCCCCCCCCCCCCCCCUAACUUUGCCACUGCUGAAAAAGUAUUGGGGGAAACGCCAAACAUGUUCUGAUAUUUUUUAAAUGUUUAUACUGUAUAGCAAUCUAAAUGGGUGUUUCUGGGCUGCAGUACUACAUCAUUGAGGUGAAUGCCCGUCUAUCUCGGAGCUCAGCUCUGGCCAGUAAAGCUACAGGAUAUCCCCUGGCCUACGUGGCCGCCAAGCUGGGUCUGGGCAUCCCGCUACCUGUCCUCAAGUGAGUUUAUUCACGUUUUGUGGCCUGAAGUCAGGUUAAGAAUUUAAUUUUGGCAUUGAUCUACUAAUACCAUGGUUCUAACAGGUAAUGUUUCUGUUAUUAUCCAGGAACUCUGUGACCAACCAGACCACGGCUAACUUUGAGCCCAGUCUUGACUACUGUGUGGUGAAGGUCCCUCGCUGGGAUCUCAGCAAGUUCCUGCGCGUCAGCACCAAGAUAGGCAGCUCCAUGAAGAGCGUGGGUAAGAGGACAAGCACUUUUGAUUAAUGAUCUCAUUUGGGAGCAGCAGAGUGCCUUAUCUGCCUUCUAUCUGUAGGGGCAGGUGAUUCUACCACUCGGUUGCAUUGCAAGUUCACACAAUAGGAGUUGGUUGAUAGUUGGUUAACACAGUUUUUGUCUGUGACCUUUGUAGGAGAAGUGAUGGCCAUCGGCCGCAGCUUUGAGGAGGCCUUCCAGAAGGCUCUGCGGAUGGUGGAUGAGAACUGUGUGGGCUUUGACCACACCAUCAAACCAGUGUCUGACGAGGUAAGCUCACGCACCUUUUUUACCUGUCUUUUUCCUCUUGGCUGUUCUGACAUGACUCUGUCCUGUGGUCUUACAGGAGCUGCAGACCCCGACAGACAAGCGUAUCUUUGUUCUGGCGGCUGCUCUCAGGGCAGGUUAUACAGUGGACCGCCUUUACGACCUGACCAAGAUCGACCGCUGGUUCCUUCACAAAAUGAAGAACAUCGCGGACCAUGAGAAGGUGCUGGAGUCGUACAACCAGGACGAGAGCACCAUGCCUCUGGGGGUGAUGAGGAAAGCCAAGCAGCUGGGCUUCUCAGACAAACAGAUCGCCCUGGCUGUGCAGAGGUACAGGACUGUGAUACUCCUGAGAAUGGUAGCCUGUUGUUCACGUGUUUCAAAACAUCAUUAAAAGUUGAGGCUGGUACAUGAAAAACAUACAGAAUAAAUUAGAGAUUCUUCAGUGACGAUACGAUGACGAGUCGGAAUGGGACGCAGUCUGUCUGUUAUGUUUUGUGUCUCAGGGUUCAGUUCCGCAGAGCAGUGUGUCCUUUCGUUAAAGACUUUGAGGCAUUUGUCUGGGAUAAAAAAACUGACUUGGUUUGAAAUGUGAGUUUAUUUUUAUGAACUUGUCUGAGCUCUGACCUUUGAACCUAUGUCUCACUCCAGCACGGAGCUGGCGGUGAGGAAGCUGCGUCGUGAUUGGAGCAUCCUGCCAGUGGUGAAGCAGAUCGACACGGUGGCGGCGGAGUGGCCUGCCCACACCAACUACCUGUACCUGACCUAUAAUGGUACGGAGAGCGACCUGGGCUUUGGAGAUCCCCAUGUCAUAGUAAUCGGCUCCGGGGUUUACCGCAUCGGCAGCAGUGUGGAGUUUGACUGGUGCGCUGUGGGCUGCAUCAUGGAACUCAGGAAGGUAAGACAAUUUCUACUUUGCGCAGAAUAGCUCUCAUUUAUUAGAAGAAUGUUGAAGAACAAAAGCUGAUAUUGUCAUGAUUUGCUGUGUUUCCCCUUUUUUAGAUGGGCUAUAAAACUAUCAUGGUGAACUAUAACCCAGAGACUGUCAGCACAGACUAUGACAUGUGCGACCGGCUCUACUUCGAUGAGAUCUCCUUUGAGGUAAGAAUGCUCGACUCUGAUGGCAUAGUCCCAACACAUUUUAUUUCAAAAAAAUUAUUUUGUAGUUUUUAUCAUACAAUAAUCAACAUUCAAAGGUCCUAACUUACUUGAUCUAAUGCUUUUAUCACAUGAGCAAAGGGCCUCACCCCCUCGCCAUCAAACUCUGUUUAAUGCAUGGUAUGUUGCCAUGACCAUAAAGCUCCAUUGUCGCCUCCCUUCCUCCAGGUUGUGAUGGACAUCUAUGAGAUGGAGAACCCAGAGGGAGUGAUCCUGUCCAUGGGGGGCCAGCUGCCCAACAACAUCGCCAUGUCCCUCCACAGGCAGCAGUGUCGUAUAUUGGGCACCUCCCCGGAGUUCAUCGAUUCUGCUGAGAACAGGUUCAAGUUCUCCCGCAUGCUGGACACCAUCGGCAUCAGCCAGCCCCUGUGGAAGGAACUCACUGAGAUUGAGGUCAGCACAGAACAGGGGUUCUAAUCCAUAUUCAUUUCAAACCAGUAAUAGAGGUUAUAGGUCUUGGUUGCAGAUGAGUCAAUCUCAAAUUGGAAAGAAAUUGUGAAAUUUACAGUGCCUUCAGAAAGUAUUCAUACCCCUUGACUUAUUCCACAUUUUGUUGUGUUACAGCCUCAAUUAAAAAUCAAUUGAAUAAUUGUUUUUUCUCCUUGCCCAUCUACACACAAUACCCCAUAACGACAAAGUAAAAACAUGUUUUUAUAAAUGUUUGCAAGUGUAUUGAAAAUGAAAUACAGAAAUCUAAUUAACAUAAAUAUUCACACCCCUGAGUCGAUACAUGUUAGAAUCACAUUUGGCAGCGAUUACAGCUGUGUCUCUUUCUGGGUAAGUCUCUUAAGAGCUUUGCACACCUAGAUUGUACAAUAUUUGCACAUUAUUAUUAAUUUUUUUAUUCUUCAUGCUCUGUCAAGUUGGUUGUUGGUAAAUUCUAGAUAGUCCAUUUUCAAGCUCUUGGCUCUACUGGAUUUUAUUUUGCUACAAACGUCCCUAGUCUUCCGGAUAGAACCCAGAACUUUGACUAGCCACAACCUCUUAACACAUAAGUACCUGGUCACCUGUAAUUGUGUGGAUUUGCCUCAACUAUGUGUUUUGUUUUCAGAAUAUAGUAUUUUUUUUCUUGUCAUAAUUUUUGCAGUUUUACUUUAGUGCCUUAUUGCAAGCAGGGUGCAUGUUUUGGAAUAUUUUUUAUGAGUCCAUGCAACAUAUUAUGUGACUUGUUAAGCACAUUUUAUUUUCUACUGUAUUUAUUUAGGCUUGCCAUAACAAAGGUGUUGAGUACUGAUUUGACUUCAGACGUUUCAGAUUUUCAUUUUUAAGUUGUAAAAAUGUCUAAACACAAUUCCACUUUCGUGUGUAGGUCAGUGACACAAAAGCUACAUUUAAUACAUUUUAACUUCAGGCUGUAACACAACAAAAUGUGGAAAAAGUCAAGGGGUAUGAAUACUUUCUGAAGGCACUGUAUGUUAUAUUGUAUCCUCCUCCCCAGUCAGCCAUGAAGUUCUGUGAGACUGUGGGCUACCCCUGCCUGGUGCGUCCCUCCUACGUGCUGAGUGGAGCGGCCAUGAACGUGGCGUACACAGACAGCGACCUGGAGAAGUACCUUAGCAGCGCUGUGGCCGUGUCCAAGGAAUACCCCGUGGUCAUCUCCAAGUUCAUCCAGGAGGCCAAGGUACGACUGGGGAAAUUCUUUACUACAUAGAUUUCAAAGUCUUUAUUUUCAAUUUGCAAAAAAGUGGACUAUCCCUUUUAAAUAUCCAUGAUGGCUCCUUUAGUCAACUCUAGUCUGGACCUGACUGGCGUCUCUCUUUGUUCCAGGAGAUAGAUGUGGACGCGGUGGCGUGCGACGGCGUGGUGAUGGCCAUCGCCGUGUCGGAGCAUGUGGAGAACGCCGGGGUGCACUCUGGGGACGCCACCCUGGUCACCCCCCCCCAGGACAUCAACCAGAAGACCAUGGAGCGUAUUAAGAUGAUUGUCCAUGCCAUUGGACAGGAACUGCAGGUCACUGGGCCCUUCAACCUGCAACUCAUCGCUAAGGUAAAGUCUAAAGGAAAACAUUUUUUUGGGGGGGGGGUUUCAAAUCAGAGAUUGACAACCAAUAACAUGCCAAACAGAUAAUCACCCACAACCAUAAAAUCAAGUGUGUUUCUGUUCCCUGCGGGAUUUCCAAUGGCUGUUCUGUUGCCUUUAAUUGCAACGAGUGUGUUUCCUGGACAGGAUGACCAGCUGAAGGUGAUCGAGUGCAACGUCCGAGUCUCCCGCUCCUUCCCGUUCGUCUCAAAAACUCUGGGAGUGGAUCUGGUCGCCCUGGCAACGCGCGUCAUCAUGGGAGAUAAGAUGGAGCCCGUGGGCCUGAUGAAAGGAGUGGGCAUCGUGGGCGUCAAGGUAACCCAACUGACGAGUUCACAACAACUGUAAAAUACUCCAGUUUAAUUAUUGUUUCACCGAUCAUAUACCAACUUCCAUUUGUUUGAAUGCAUGUCUCUCAGGUCCCCCAGUUUUCGUUCUCUCGUCUGGCCGGGGCUGAUGUGGUGCUGGGGGUAGAGAUGACCAGUACUGGGGAGGUGGCCUGCUUUGGAGAGAACAGAUAUGAGGCCUAUCUGAAGGCCAUGCUCAGCACAGGCUUCAAGAUCCCCAAGAAGAACAUUCUGCUCUCAAUUGGCAGUUACAAGGUACACUAACCUGACUAUAAUACAAUGAGCUAAACAUUUUCAUGGUAAUUCAUUUUGAGGCCAGCGGUACAUAAAUGUUCAUUGUAUCUUUGCAGAACAAGAGUGAGCUGCUGCCUACUGUUCAGGCUCUGGAGAGUCUGGGCUAUGAUCUGUAUGCCAGCCUGGGGACCGCUGACUUCUACACUGAGCAUGGAGUCAAGGUACAUCACAUCUAGUCUGAGUGGGCUCUUCUCAACAGAAUAGUUUCCAGAAUGAGCAAUUUUCAAUUCACAACGUUAUUUUCAAUUUACUUCCUUAAUUUGACUGAAUUGAAAAUGGAACCCCCCCCUGUUAUGUUCGGUCUCUUUCAGGUGAUGGCGGUGGACUGGCCAUUUGGGGAGGAGGAGAGCGACUGCCCCAACAAGGACAAGCAGAGGAACAUUUUGGAAUACCUGGAGGACCACCACUUUGACAUGGUUAUCAACCUCUCUAUGAGGAACUCCGGAGGCCGACGCCUUUCCUCCUUCGUCACCAAGGGUUACCGCACCCGCCGCAUGGCCAUCGACUACUCCGUGCCCCUCAUCAUUGACAUAAAGUGCACCAAGCUGUUUGUCCAGGUAGGUUAGUUAGGGGGCUAUGAUGGGAUGUUAGCCACUGCUGAUGUUUGACCUAGCUAUGUUGGUUCUACAUUGAUUGCUGACUAUCCUGAUUGAAGUGUAUGCUCCUAUAAUUGUAGGCGCUGCGUCUGGUUGGCUGCUUCCCGCCUGUCAAGACUCACGUGGACUGUAUGACGUCACAGAAGUUGAUUCGCCUGCCUGGUAAGCAGUAAGCACCAUCGGCUUGGGCUGUGUUCAAAAGUAAAGGCUGUUAACUUCAAAUACAAGCCCCCUGCUAUCUUCCUGUAUUUGGACAAUAGAUGAUAGCUCCUUCUGUCAACCUGUGGAACUGCAGUGUUUCUGAAUAGUACUCAUCGAGUCCCCUCUCCCUGUCCCCCCCCCGUGACAGGUCUGAUAGAUGUACACGUCCACCUGCGGGAGCCGGGUGCCACCCACAAGGAGGACUUCUCCUCGGGCACAGCGGCUGCCCUGGCAGGGGGCGUCACCAUGGUGUGUGCCAUGCCCAACACGGCACCUGCCAUAAUCGACCCCAGCUCCUUCGCCAUGUUCCAGAAGGUAAUGAGAGAAUACAUAGUCAUUAAGACAAUUACCACUGGAUAUUUGAAUUAGUCUGUUCCAAACAUUAAAUAAUGCCUGUUUUAUAAAAUGGGCUUAAUCAGUACCUGAAGGUUUACUCAUGCACUGUUGAUCUUAAUGUUUUGUCCCUGUCGUCUCAGCUUGCCAAGGCAGGGUGUCGCUGUGACUAUGCUCUUUACGUCGGGGCGGCUUCAGACAACUCCACCAUCUUGCCCUCCAUCGCUAACUCCGCCGCAGGGCUGAAGAUGUAUCUGAACGACACCUACUCCACUCUGAAGAUGGACAACGUCUCAAUGUGGAUGGAGGUAGGUAUCAACUGACUGAAUGAGGUCGUUGAAAUAUAUCUUUCACAUUGAUUUGUUGAUCUGACCAAUUGCCCUUUCUCUUUGUGUGAACUAGCACUUUGAGAAGUGGCCCAAGCACCUGCCAAUCGUGGCUCACGCAGAGAAGCAGACUGUGGCAGCCAUCUUGAUGGUUGCCCAGCUGUUCCAGAGAGCUGUUCAUAUCUGCCAUGUGGCCAAGAAGGAGGAGGUAAGAUGGCCGCCUGGAACAUCACAUACAGACAUAGCACUGCUUUGCCUUUAUGUGUUGCCCGUUCGUUGUCUCCAGAGUGAAAUUAGGUGUCAACCGAGGCAUACAGAAACCUUGUAGUUGUCUUUUUUUUGGAAGGAGUCCUCACCGAUUGCUUUCAUUAAGAUCAACUGCAAGAACACACAAAAUCUAACAAAUUAGCUUUGAGCCAUUGAAAUGAUUCAUUUUAAGACAAACAACAUCAGAACACAUACAAUACAUUUGGUGAGUAAUGUUUGGCAUCUAUUCCACCCUUCUCCCAGAUCAUGGUCAUCCGCGCGGCCAAGCAGAAUGGCAUCCAGGUGACAUGUGAGGUGGCGCCCCACCACCUCUUCCUGUGUGAGGAGAACGUGGCGGACAUUGGGGAAGGCCGGGCACAGGUACGCCCCAUGCUGGGCACCCGGGAGGACAUGGAGGCCCUCUGGGAACAACUGGACAUCAUUGACUGCUUCGCAACUGACCACGGUAAGCAGGGCUGCACCAUCAAUCACAUUUUCAGCUAAACUGACUUGCAAUAUCCAUAUUGCAAGAUCCAUGCAAUAUUUUUUUAACACACGUUUUUAUAGUUUACUUCAUUUGUCGUAUCUGCCGCCCUGCGCCUUCUAUCUACAAACACAAAGCCCCGCCCCCUGUUACUCAAGCAGGCAGCACAGUUCCUUCGUGCUAUAGAGCUCGCCAGCUUGUUGUCCUAAACUUAAAUAACUUACCUCUGGUUCGUUCAGCCAUUGCUAGGGGCAAAAUGAAUGGGGAGAGAAUAGGGUUUUGGAAUAAAUGCUGAAAAUAAGGUCUGAGGUUAACACAGGCUUAGGAGAUAGUGUACGUUUUGUUCUAUGAGAUAAUAUUAGACCGUUAACAUGACUUUUAUGAAUUAUGAAGCCUUUAUGUGUUAUCUCCAUAGAUCAAAACGUAUAAGAUCUCCUAAGCCUGUGUUUACCACAGACCGUAUUCUUGACGUUUAUCCAAAAUCCCUAUAAAAACUCCAUACUUUUUUCCAUAGGCUUUGUUCAACGAACCAUGGCGGAGUUAGUGCCUACAAUUAGAUUCACUCUAAUCUGCAGGCUGUUCUAGCUAGGUCAAUUCAUGCAGUCAAAAGAUUUUAUCUAAACAAGAACAAUGCUGCUUUCCACUUUGCUUCUUUAUAUAAAUACACAUGUUUUCGGUAUUAUACUAUUAGUUUGUGUAGCUCUUUAGCUCUCUGCAAAACACUAGUUAGUCUCGGCAAGCUGCUUAUGUACCUACCACAGAAAGCUGCUGAGGGGAGGAUGGCUCAUAAUAAUGGCUGUUUAAAAAAAGAUGAGUAUUGAGUGUUGCCAUACUGAUAAUAUUUGUGUGUUUUGGCUAACUAACAGCCCCCCAUUCAGUGGAGGAGAAGAAUUCAGAGAAGCCCCCCCCAGGUUACCCCGGCCUGGAGACCAUGCUGCCCCUUCUCCUCACCGCAGUCAGCGAUGGGCGCCUCACCAUCGACGAUAUCAUCAAGCGCCUGUAUGACAACCCCCGCAAAAUUUUCUCCCUGCCCGCACAGGACAACACCUAUGUAGAGGUAGCUAUAGACACAAGCCAAUGAGAGUUUUUAACCAUGUAAAAUGGGCAACAUGGCAAGGAUUUAUAUACUUGGGUUACCAUGUUGAAAUACAAAGUGGGAUUGAAAAGAGACUCAAUGUUUUGGCUUUUCAACAACAUUCUUGACCUGCUGUCUCCCACCAGGUGGACAUGGAGCAGGAGUGGGUCAUCCCCAAACACAUGCAGUUCACCAAGUCCAAGUGGACGCCCUUUGAAGGCAUGAAGGUGAAAGGCAAGGUCCGCAGAGUGGUGCUCAGAGGAGAGGUGGCCUACAUCGACGGACAGGUGCUGGUCCCUCCUGGCUAUGGGGAGGAUGUGAAGACUUGGCCUGCACCCAUCCCCAUCCUCCAGCCCCCUGAGCCAGUGAAAGAAGUCCCAAAGGUACAGUCCCACCCAUUUCAGUUCCGCACAUUCACAUUCGUGUGCUACUAUUUAACCGACAGUAAUAUGUGCUUAUGUACCAUACUAGCAAGCAUUGGCCGUGGCGCUAACUAAGGCUGUUGUGUGGCAGACCCCAGAGCACCCCCGGCUGACCCCUCCGUGUGAGGGCAUCCGUACAUGCGCCCCGAGCCCUCGCCGUUCCACUGGGGAUGGCCGCUACAUGCUCCCGCCCCGCGUUCAUAGGUCCUCCGACCCAGGCAUACCCCCAGGUACUACAGCCUCAAUGUUUUGUCUUUCCUAACUGAGCUCUUGCUUGUUGUGGCAAAGUGCUGUGUGAAUGUCAGUUUCAAUAAAUAGGAUAUUCACUGUCCAUCUACAGGUUUUUUUGUUCUUUUUUUUUUGGAAUGUACACAAAAUGGUGCUUGGAUGUCAUUGGUAAACUUUUAGCCUAUAUCUAUGAACCCACUGAUCAUGUGAUUUCAGCACACAGUAUAUUAAGCGUUUGCUGAGAAAGCGAAAAUCGUAUAACGAGAGAUUCCACUGUCUCUACUGUAGGCUGCAUGGUCAUCAUGACAGAUUGAUUGGCUCCUAAGAGAAGGAGUACAUUUGCUGAUUAAAUGAGAUGUCUAAAUCUAGUGCUCCACCUAUAGUUCUGAUGCUUAAGACCUGGGGCUGUACUUUAUCGAUCCAUACAAGUGUAUUGUUGAGAUGGGAAUGAAGGAAUUAAAAGCCUUUUAUUUUGGUUGGCCAUUUGCUAUGCUCUUCACCCAUUACUAAGACUGUUCGAUCACAGCCCCUAUCAAAUCAUUUCAGUGUGAAAUUACUGAUGGAAGUUGUUUAAUGUUUGACUCUCACAUUUAUUAAGAUUCACGGUCUUUGUAAGAAACGAUGGAUGAAAUGACGCUCAAUGCCAUAUCAAUUUCAAAUGUAUUUAUAACCCAGUUAUAUUAGCGUUGAAUAUGUCAGUAUACUGGCUAUAAUAUUGUCUAAAUACCAUCGUUUUUUAAAUAAUCUCUAACACUUGUGUUCUAACUUUUUGUCAUGAUAUUCUAAGCAGCUGAAGAUUCAAGGGAGAGAGCAUUAGAAGAAGGUUUAAGAGAAGGUUUGAAGCUUGAUGUAGCUCAGCUCAGCUGUUACGCCUAAUACUAACAUAUUUCCUAACUCUGCUAUCGUUCAGGCUGUUUGGCGUAAUAUUCUGGCAAAACCUUUCAAUGGAGUUAUACUGGUAGUCGCUGGUAGUUGCUUUGAACACCUGUAUUUCAUGGAAUACUUGUUGUAGAGAUACUAGAAAAGGUUGCAUUCCUUCUCAUUAGUUGCUGCACUAUCCAUGUCGCUUUGCUCUGAACCGACUGCUUUCCUAACACUUGGAUCGCUUUGAAAGAAAAAGCGACAAACUUUAUUUGAAAUAUAGUGUAAUUUCAGGUGUUUGUCGUGUUUCAUCCUCAGGAAAUAGAAAAGAUUGCAAUCAUUUUAAGAGACUUUGCUAAACGAAUUAAUAUUAACACAUAUGUUAGAUUUCUCCUUUGGUAUUUGAAGCGUUUGGUGUUUCUGUCUCCAGAGAUGGCCCCUGCAGCUGGGGACAGCUACAGCCAUCCCCCUCCCCUGGCCAGGAUCCUGUCCCCCCGGGCUGAGGUAGUGGCAGGGCAGACCCUGGCCCACCUCCAGACCUCCCCCCUGCUGCACCCCCUAGUGGGACAACACGUCCUCUCUGUCAGGCAGUUCAGCAAGGAACAGGUACUCUACACCAGUGUUUCCCAACCCUGGUCCUCGAGUACUCCCAACAGUACACAUUUUUACUGUAACCUGAUUCAACUUGUCAACUAAUCAUCAAGCCCUCAAUGAGUUGAAUGAGGUGUGUUUGUCAAGUGCUACAACGAAACUGUGUGCUGUUGGGGGUGCUGGAGGACCAGGGUUGGGAAACACUGCUCUAAACACACAGCCAGGGACAUUUUUUUCUAAAUUACUUUUAAAUUAUUUUUAUAUCUUCUAACUCUUUAUUUCAGAUCUCUCACAUGUUUAACGUGGCCCAUACUCUUCGCCUGAUGGUUCAGAAAGAGAGAAGCCUGGAUAUCCUGAAGGUAAGAGUUCUCUUUCCCUUUUGUUUAAAACUCAGAUUAAUCUAAAGAACAACAGUGUCUGGGAAUUACUGCAAUCUGUGAUUUGUCACUGUAUAAAUUGCAGGAGAGAAGCUCGUUUCAGAGUAGCCGGUCAGGCCAUUCCAUUAAGCCCAGUGUUGAGUCAUCCAGGGUUUGAGUAAUCUGCAGGACCUCAGGAGGCAGCAUGGUUCUUCCUGGUUCUUAACUCUUCUCCUAUUUCUGGAGUGAGAUGAGCCCCAUCGUCCUUCAGCAUAAACGUACAGGAGCAGGUGUGCUGUAUAAAAUAUCAAAACAACUACCGGAAAUGACUACUCACAUCGGAGUUGAUGACAUCACCUGAUCCAGAAUAGAAUACAAGCAACACCUGCCACCUGUUUGCAUCUAUGCCUAAAGAUCUCAUAAAACGAGUUAUCUGAAUUUCUCAAGGUGUGCCACUCGAUCAGUAAAUCUGUUGUAAAAAUAUAAACGCAACAAUUUCUACGAUUUUACUGAGUUACAGUUCAUAUAAGGAAAUCAGUAAAUUUAAAUAAAUUAGGCCCUAAUCUAUGGAUUUCACAUGACUUGGCAGGGGUGUGGGCCUGGGGACCCACUGGGGAGCCAGGCCCAGCCAAUCAGAAUGAGCUUUUCCCCACAAAAGGGCUAUAUUACAGACAGAAAUACUCCUCAGCACUAAAGCAUUAAAGUGGAUUUUUAUUGUCCCCAGCACAAGGUGCACCUGUGUAAUGAUCAUGCUGUUUAAUCAGCUUCUUGAUAUGCCACACCUGUCAGGUGGAUGGAUUAUCUUGGCAAAGGAGAAAUGCUCACUAACAGGGAUGUAAAUAAAUGUGUCAACUUUGAGAGAAAUAAGCUUUUUGUGUGUCUGGAAAAUGUCUGGCCUUUAUUAUUUCAGCUCAUGAAACAUGAAACAUGGGACCAACACUUUACAUGUUGCGUUUAGUUCAGUGUAGAAAUGCCCCAAUGAAUGCUGUGCUCAGAGAGAUAGAUAUGUUGUACACUAGUCUGUAUUAUUUGUCUUAGACCCCUGUGUGUUGCUCUCUCAGGGUAAGGUGAUGGCGUCCAUGUUCUACGAGGUCAGCACGCGCACCAGCAGUUCAUUUGCGGCCGCCAUGCAGCGUUUGGGCGGCUCCGUGGUCCAUUUCUGUGAGGCAACCUCCUCGUCGCAGAAGGGCGAGUCUCUGGCCGACUCGGUCCAGACCAUGAGCUGCUACGCUGACGUCCUGGUGCUGCGACACCCCAUGCCAGGGGCCGUAGAGGUGAGCAGGGUGUCGAUACAACGUGUUACAACUACAUUGAAAACUUAAGGUCAUGUUCAUUGAGGCAAGAUAUUCUGAGAAAACACUUUGAAAAAGAAGUGGUACCACCUUAACACUGACCGCAACCCUUGUUAUCAGUUAUUGAGUGAGAAGAUGUACUUGCUCAGCUGUAUCUGACACAUUUAUUUCCACCUGUAGUCUGCAGCGAGGCACUGCCGGAAGCCAGUGAUCAACGCUGGGGAUGGGGUCGGGGAGCACCCUACUCAGGCCCUGCUGGAUGUGUUCACCAUCAGAGAGGAGCUGGGCACGGUCAACGGCAUGACGGUGAGACCUCAGCGCACCCAUCUCCCCUUUAGGGAUGGUGGUCAUGUCUUUGCAACAGUACUAGUGCUAAUACUAAUUUAGAAGUGUAAACGGCGGCGUAAAGUUUUUCUUACAGUAAUGCAAACAGAAAGCUGUAAGAUCUGGAACCAGACUGUGUACGUUGUGAUGGCAACCUGCCUUUUAAGUUAACAUAGCCAAUGCCCAAUGGCCCUCCAGUCUUCAUCCAGGUGUCCUGACUUUUGUCUCUCUCGACGUCUGUAGAUCACCAUGGUAGGGGACCUGAAGCAUGGCCGCACAGUGCAUUCCCUGGCCAGGCUGCUCACCCAGUACAGGAUCACUCUGCGCUACGUCGCCCCAAAGAACCUCCACAUGCCCUCCGAGAUCAUUGACUUUGUGGCCUCCAAAGGCAUCAAGCAGGUGGGUGGAUCACAUAGGCUGUUUGUGGUAAAGCUGAUGGCUCUGUAUAUAAAUCUCAAUGGCACUGCUGCUGGUAUGUAGGUGUCCUUUACACAUGGUAUGCACUACAUAAAGCACUAAACUACUGUAUGUAUAAAGCACUAAACUACUGUAUGUAUAAAGCACUAAACUACUGUAUGUCCUUGUGACUGCAGGAAGAGUUUGAGAGCAUCGAGGAGGCCCUGCCUGACACUGACGUCCUCUACAUGACCAGGAUCCAGAAGGAGAGGUUUGCCUCAGAGGAAGAGUACAAAGCAGUAAGGAUGGGAUGGAAUGGGGAUUCACUAAACUGAUGUGAGGCUGGCCUUAGUGUUUGAUCAGUGCUAAAGGACUUGUGUUUUUUCCUACAGUGCUUCGGUCAGUUUAUCCUCACCCCACACAUCAUGACUGGAGCUAAGAGGAAGAUGGUGGUGAUGCAUCCUCUACCGAGAGUCAAUGAGAUCAGGUAUGGAUGUUCCCCUCGAUUAGAAUGCAUCUCUUUUCAUUAUACUUCAUUUGAUUCAAUAAUGUUAGCAGUCGUGUGGAAAAUUCUAGCUAAUGACUUAAGCGGGAUGACUUGGUUUCAUGUUGACGUUGUCUCUUGUAGUGCGGAGGUGGACACUGAUCCUCGUGCUGCGUACUUCCGGCAGGCUGAGAACGGCAUGUACAUCCGCAUGGCCCUCCUGGCCACAGUGAUGGGCAGAUGAUCAGUAGAUAGUUGGACACACUCCACUGUCGAGACUGCGAGACCAAAAGGGACCAAAUGUAUUAAGGUCUCAGUAAGAGUGAGGGGGCGCUACGGGUGCUCACAAUGAUGAAACUGCUCCAAAAGUCUAUAUACAGUCACAUGUUUAGUGUGUACUCCUCUUCAACCCUGGCAUUUCACCACAUCUCAAAUCAAAUUGUAUUUGUCACA